CGACCGGAAGUCAGCGUCUGGCGAGGUGGGCUUACCGGUGCGGGGUGUGGGCUCCCCUGCUGUGGGGAAGAGGGCCCUUCUUUCCCCGCAGGCUGGCUCCCGGCCCCCGCACACACUGCUCCACCGUGGGGUCGCCGGCCCGAGCACUUCUCAGCGAUCCAGAGCCCCGCCCUCCCUUCCAGGCUGGGACUGCCGGGGAAGGGGAUGGCCGGUGGACGCUUGGGCCAGCUGCCUUGGAGGGACGCAGAGUCUGCCUCCUUGACCCUCUCCUCCAUCGCCUGGAGCGAACUCCCUUUUCCUGGAGCGAGGAGCAGCCCGGACCUUGAGGCAGGACUAAGCCUGUUGGGGUCUCUGUGUGGCCUGCAGGUCUCCUGGAGAAGCCCAGGGAAGGCCAGGGUCCUUCGAGUUCUGGGGUAUAGGUCAGGAUGUUCGGUCCACGCUGUGUGACCGCUCUCAGCGCCCUGCGCCCAGGCGUCAGCUUUAUAUGGCAGAGCCAGGUAACAGUGAGGCGCCGACCGGAAGUAAUAACCAGGGCACUCUCAUUCAGUAUGCUGGCUCUCAAAGUGCUCACACCUCAGCGUCAAGCGCCAGGACUCUUGUCCUAACUUCCCGGGUCGCGACUUCACAGAUUUCUGCUGAUUUUUUCUUGCACCGACAACUGGAUGAAGCCCUUGCCGGUGGUCCUGCAGGCCACACCCUUUCCUCUGGCAGCCAGUCUAGGGGGUGAGGGACAGGCCACCACGCUUCUUCUCACCACCAGGGGCCGCCCUUUGCGAUGGAACAACCGCUCAGAGAGAUGGAAGGAGAGUCUGUCACAAACCUCUGAAGCUGCAGCAAUCCAUGAUCGUGCACUGGGGGGGACAGGGGCCAGAGACCCCUCUUAGGAGGCUGGUCUGUGUUGUCCAUGCCUCAGCCCUCUGUCGCGUGUCACAGCUGCCACCGGAGUCUCAGGAAUCAUGUGGCCUUUGAAGACUGUGGCCAGCUCCAACCCUGGACCCUGUCCCCAGUUCCCCCAGCCCCAUGGUCUCCAAAGAUGCAAGUUCAUGGCCUUCAUUCUUCCUUUGUGCCAACAGCCAGGACAUCACCAAAAUGAUAACCACAGGAAAGUUACAGUGUCCUAGAAGGAUCUUAUAUUCAUGAUCCUCUUCUGUGUUCCCUCAUUCCCUGGUCUAAACAGAGUCAGACACCAGGCCCUGCCCUUUCUUUUUGCCUCAACACUUCUCAGAAGUCAGAGUUCCAAAAUUCACUCGGGUAACAGAGCACCGGGAAGUUAUGGGCUCCCUAAGGAAACCAGUGAUUACUGAUGUUUCUAAUUCCAUCACAGGAAAGGGGGGUCAGGACCCAAUCCUAGAUGAGGUACAGGCAGCUCAGUGGUUAGUGCACAGGCUGUGGGUUGUGCAAACCUUGGAUUGAAUUCCACCUCCAACACUUACUAAUUGUAUGACCUUGGGAAAGUCACUCCAUUUCUCAGAGUCUCAGUGCUCUGGACUGAAUUGUGUCUCCCUCCAAAUUCAUAUGUUGAAGCCCUAGCCCCCAGUGUGACUAUAUUUGGAGAUGGGGCCUUUAAGAAGGUAAUUAAGGUUAAAUGAAGUCAUAAGGGUGGGGCCCUGAUUCAAUAGGACUGGUAUCCUUAUUAGAAGAGAUCAGAAAUCUCUCUCUGUCCAGAAUUCUCUCUCUCCCUGCAUGCACAGAAGAAAGGCCAUAUGAGGACACAGCAAGGAGCUGACCAUCUGCAGGCCAGGAAGAGAGCUCUCGCCAGAAACCAGCCCUGACAGCACCUUGAUUUUGGACUUCUAGCCUCCAGAGCAGUGAGAAAAUAAAUUUCUGUUAAGCCACCCAGCCUGUGGUACUCUGUGAUGGCAGCCCGAGCUGACUAAUACAUUCAUUCUCCUCGUCUGCAAAGCAGGGAUAAAAUUAGGACCUGCAUCAUGAAGCUAUUGUGAGAAUCCAGUGAGGAAAUUCAUGUGUAAUGCCUGCCUGUUUAACUUUCCUACAGCACCUUCGGCACCUGGAACAGUGCCUGGUGUAUAGUGGAUGUUCCAUAACUACCUACUGAAGGAAUAACUACAUCCACCAAGAAAGGAAGCUGUCAGACUCAAUAUAAGUGUGUAUUUCUGAGCUUUUCACUCACCUCCAUCUCCUUGAUCAUUGAUCAUCACUCACCAGCAAAUGACAGCAGGCACAAAGGAUUUAAGAAAAGUGUCUGCAGGGAUGGUCUCCUGUUUUUAAUUGGAUCUGCCAUUAAUACCCUGUCUUCUGCGAACUGGGAAAGGGCUUGGUCUGGCUCAUCCUGAGUAGAGUCUGAGUCUCUGAGAAGAGGCGACAUUGACCAGGAAGCUUUUGGGCCCUUGGUCCAGCCUUGCGGGCCUGGGCAUUGAGGAGGGAGCUCUUCCUCCCGUGGGGCAGGGGGCAGGAGCUGCAGCUGUGGGAUGCAGUGGUGGGGGAGCUAGGGCUGGGCCCUGGGAGUGGCAUGGACGAAGUUGGUCUGGGGCUGGAGGCCACAGCAGGCCCACCUUCCUGGUGCUUGCACGAAGCAAAUGAUGGGAACAAUAGGGCCCCUGUCCCCAGGCCAUUUGUGGCAGAACCUGGACCCUGGGGAGGCAUAGCUCCUUUACCUUGGCCAUGGUGAGACUUGGUUCUGGGGGCAGCCCCAGGUGCACAGACCUGCCCACCCCUGGGGCCCAGGACUCCGGGCAGGGAGAGACAUCCCACCUGAACUGACCACCCCCUUAUUUUCCUCCCUGACUCUUUCCAGGACAAGCUCAGCAGGAGCAAGGCCAGGUUGGGGCCACACCUUCCACCCCCAAGAUGCGUAGGAGCCCCUGCAAGUCGAGUCUCCCCUGAGGACUCUGGACACCUCCUGCCCAUUAUAGUCCGGUGCUGCUAAGUCACUGGGCCCUAGCUCUUCCACCUGUCUCGGUCAGAAUUAGGGAUGCAUGGGGUAGGGGACUGGCUUAGGUGGAACAGGCUGUGAGACCCCCCUGUCUCCAAAACGCCUCACUGGUCUUGCUGCAGUGUUGGAAAGGCCCACCAUGAAUGGUUCCUUUGAGGCCACUGUAAGAGUGCAGAUGGUUUAUUAUAUUUUGGAGAGAGAGUAAGUCAUUGUGCUAGAGAGGGACUGGGCCACGAGGAAAUGAGGACAGUCUCACCAGUCUCCCAUCCAGACUCCCCUGCUUGGAGAAAAGAUGACCCCUGCCCAUCUCCUCUGUCUGCCUCAGGGACCUGGAGACGCAGGCAUCCCUUCCCAGAAGCCCAGGAGGAGGAGGAAGAAGAGGAGGAUAAAUAUGAGCUGCUCCCCUGUGAGGCUCUGCUCCGCCACCCAGCCCCCGCCCACCUUCCUGGCACUCAGGAGGACUCUUUGUACUUGGGUGCCGGGCCCAGCAAAGAAGCCCGAGGAGGACAUUUACCUAGAUUGUGAGCCCAGUCCAGUCCCGGCCUUGCCUCAGACUCUGAGCUCCCAAGUCCUGAGGCCCCCAGUCCCUCUACCAAGGACAUCAGUGGGGCCCAGGCCCACCACAGCCCCCCAGGAAGCUCGGAAUGGAGCGUCGAAUGCCACCUCUAAAGGAUCUGCACCAAAUCAGGAAGCUCCCAACCUGUACCUUAAAAUCACUCCUCACUUGGAGGUCACACGUGGCCUAGCCGGAAGGAUAGCCUCUCUUUGCUCUGUAGCUGCCACCCAGAAUGCCUCAGCUGCCGAGGAAGGCGAUCUGCUGGGCCAGCCUUGGUACUCAGGGAACUGUGACCGCCAUGCUGUUGAGAGUGCCCUGCUCCGACGCCAAAAGGACGGGUCCUACACCGUGCGCCCCAGCUCAGGCCCUCGUGGUUCUCAGCCCUUCACCCUGGCAGUACUUCUCCACGGCCGGGUCUUCAACAUUCCCAUCCGCCGGCUGGAUGGCGGGCGCCACUACGCCCUGGGCCAGGAAGGCAGGAACCACGAGGAGCUCUUCUCCUCCGUGGCCGUCGUCCAGCACUACCUGCAGCACCCCCUACCACUCGUGGACAGACACAGCGGCAGCCGGCAGCUCACCUGCCUGCUCUUCCCCACCAAGCCCUGACGCCACAGCGCACGUGCACCCCGGCCUCCGGUUCCACAGUUUGCUCCUCGGGCUGUCUCCCUCUCCUCUCCCAGGUCUCCACCCCGCCAGCGCCCGCUCCCCCAUCCCGUGCCCCAGUCCCU